AUGGCUACCGCUACUUCAGCUAAGCGAGUUGGCACUCACAAUGGCAGCUUCCACUGCGACGAAGCCCUCGGCUGCUUCAUGAUUCGCCUCACCGACAAGUUCUCCAACGCCGAAAUCGUUCGCACCCGUGACCCCCAGGUUUUGGAGGGUCUGGAUGCUGUGCUUGAUGUUGGGGGUGUAUAUGAUCCUAGUAGGGAUCGGUAUGAUCAUCACCAGAAGGGCUUCGAGGAGGUGUUUGGCCAUGGGUUUAAGACUAAGCUGAGUAGUGCUGGUCUGGUUUACAAGCAUUUUGGGAAGGAAAUAAUAGCCAAGGAGCUUCAAGUUGAUGAAGGCCACCUAGAUGUGCAUCGGUUGUUCUUGGCUGUUUACAAAAGCUUUAUGGAGGCAAUUGAUGCUGUUGACAAUGGGAUCAAUCAGUAUGAUACGGAACAGCCUCCAAGAUAUGUGAAUAACACACACUUGUCUUCAAGGGUGGGCAAGUUGAAUUUGGAUUGGAUAGAUCCCGAUCAAUCAACUGAGAAGGAGAAUGAAGCCUUUCAUCAAGCCAUGGAACUGGCUGGCAGUGAGUUUUUAUGCAGUGUUCGUUUUCAUGCAAAAUCAUGGUUACCAGCACGGUCUAUUGUAAUGGAGUGUCUCUUAGCAAGAUGGAGUGUUGAUCCUAGUGGAGAAAUCAUGGUUUUGACUCGAUUCUGCCCUUGGAAGCUUCAUUUAUUUGAACUUGAAGAAGAGAUGAAGAUUGACCCUCCCAUAAAAUAUGUUCUCUAUCAGGAUGAUAGGAGCAAACACUGGCGAGUUCAAGCGGUGGCGGUAGCUCCUGAUAGAUUUGAGAGCCGAAAGCCUCUAGCAUUGCAAUGGCGAGGACUUAGGGAUGAGGAGCUCUCGAAGGAGGCUGCAAUCCCCGGAUGUGUUUUUUGUCCACAUGAGUGGGUUUAUUGGAGGAAAUCAAACAUAUGA